UGUAGUUCUUAAAACUGCCUGAACUAGUUCGGUAGAAGUGCAUGGUAGUUGAACUGAAAGUCCGUUUGUGUCUAACCUCAAAACUUCGUUCUUUUUACGCUGAUGGACGUAAAAACCUCCGCUAUAAUGUCCACACAGAGGGGCGAGAAAAACAUUUUGAGUGAGACAAAAUCCUCGAGAGGGAAUAUGGAUUCUGUACACCGCAAAUGGAAUGGGUCAAAAGGGGACCAGAUAUCCACUAGGUCCAAACCCAUGUCAGACACUUUAUCCAAACUGGCUCAAUUGAUCACUUGCAUGGAGUAUAAACCAAAACCUCAGACGUCUUCCUCCAUCCGCAAGGACUGCGGCCACGAAUUCUCUGAACUGAACCUUGUGCAGAUCCAGGAAAAAGAGACCCUACAAAAGCUCCAUUGCUGUCAACACUGUGGCCAAAGGUUUGCUUUGCUCUCUAGUUUGCAGCUACACAAGUGCCUUGGUUCCUCCUCUAUGUGCCAGACGUGCAGAGGGAAACCUACGAGGAGUUCUUCGUGCCCUUCCUGCGGGAGCGAACCUUCAGGCCCACAUCGCCCAGAAGAUCCCAUCAGUCAAAACAGCAGCCCCUACGCGUGCGCCCCAUGCGGACAAGCCUUCAGCCACAAGCAAGAGCUGCUGCACCACCAGCAGGCCGGAGGCUGUCAGCCCGUAAAAACUCUCAAACCGCCCUCGCCACCCUCGUCUCCGAGCGCCGGCGCGUCUCUUUCUGCUUGCACUGUGUGUUCCAGAACGUUCCGUACUUCUGCUGGACUCUCCUGCCACAUGCGCUUUUCCCCCGCACACACGAAACGCAGCACGAAGACGAUGUUCUCAUGCCGUACCUGUGACAAAUCGUUUCCUAAAGCAUCACUGCUCCUCCAACACAGGAAAGAGGAACACCGUCGUGAAAUAAAGAAGAAAGCUCUGAGAAAGGAGAACUCUGAGAAAGCUCCCCGGCGAAGGCGGAAAGGUGAGCCGUAUCCGUGCCUUCGCUGCGGGAAAGUGUUCCUGCACCAUCUGACGCGCUAUGCGCAUUUCAAACACUGCGGCUCUCCCCAUGCUGACGCAGCUGGCCGUGACCCGAAGGGUGCAAAGGAUCUCAGACCUUCCCAAGAAAAUCGACCAAGGAGAGGUAGACCGAGGACCAAAAAUCUACCCGCUCUGACGGAAACCAAGCAAAAGGAAGAAGUGGAAAGGAACGAGCGGGAUGAAGACGAGGAUGGCGAGUAUCCUUGUACGUCUUGCGAUCAGGUCUUUAGCUCUAAAGCUGCGCUGCAUGCGCAUGAGGAAGUCCACGAGGAAGUGCCUGAAGGAGUUCAUCAGCCAGCCGACCCGUGCUGGUGUUGUAGUGUGUGCGCAGGUGGGAUUCCUCUCUCGCAGGUUCCAGAAGAUUGUGAAAAGAAAGUCUAUCACUGUGUGCCAUGUGCCGAGGCCUUCAUAGCCCUGGACACUUUUCUAGAGCACUGCCAGAAACAUCUGAUACGUGAGAAUCAAGAUGAAUUCAGUGAUGACUGAAAGAGAGAGAGGGAAAAAAAAAGGAAAAGCAUUUUUCUCACCUUCAUAUUUUUCUCACUAUUGAAAAUAAGUGUGUGUGUGUGUAUGCGCAUUUCAAAUAAAGAGCUAAAAGAAUAUGUUUUUUUUUAUGAGAUGAAGGUGAAUAAAUAAUUACACAGUUUUAAUUCUUGGGUGAACUUAUCCUUAAAGGGAUAGUCCACCUAAUGAUGGAAAUUCUGUCGUCAUUUACUCACCCUCAUGUUGAUCCAAAUCUGCUGCUUAACACACACACACAAAAAAAGAAAUGUUGAUAACCAGACAGUUUUGGUUUCCCAUCGACCUCCAUUGUUUUUUAUAUAUACAGUAGAAGUCAGUGGGAACCAAAGUUGUUUAUUCACCAACAUUCUUCAAAAUAUGUUCGUGGUUGAGUAAUUGAUGACAGGAUUUUCAUAUGUGUGGGUGUACUGUCUCUU